UCAGGCCUCAGAGUUAGUGGAGGAGGAGGAGGAGGUGGUGGCGGUGGCAAUGGUAGCAGCAGACGUAAAUGAAAUGAUUGUUCGCCCGGUAUGGGUCACGUUGGAGAGAGAGAGAGAGAGAGAUAGAGAGAGACGCGCUUCUUUCACACGUAAUAUAUCUCGACCAGUUCAGUAUUGGUCCGACACGAAACGUGACAGCUGAUUGACGUAGGCGCGAAUCUUUUCCGUACGCUGUCCGCGACCUGUGCGACAACCUGGACAACCAUGAGCAAGGAACAGCAGGCGCUGAAGACGAUCGAGCUGCGUGAACUGCAACCGAUACUCAGCCGCACAUUCGGCGAUCGGCUGAUCGUGGUCCGUUUUACAAGCGAGAGCCUGUUGCAGCCGGGCGAGAAUUAUGGCAGCACCAUUUUACGCGUUGACGCCGUAAUCAAGCGCAACAAUGAGGCGAAGGAGGAAGACCUUCAUCUCAUCGCGAAGAUGCCACCGCCGACGGAAUUCCAACGGGAAAUGUUCGACAGUCCGUUCACGUUCAGGAAGGAGAUCUUCAUGUAUGAGAAAAUUGUGCCUUACUAUCAAGAACUGGAGAGAGAGAUGGGUCUGAAAGAGGACGAGGUGUUCGACAUAUUGCCACGAUAUUAUCAGUCCCGAUUGUCGCUGAGUCCAGAUGUCGAUUUCGACGAUAACGCCGUUAUUUUAAUGGAGAACUUGAGGUCGCGCGGUUAUUACAUUGGCGACAGAACUAAAGGAUGCGAUCUUGAGCACUCGAGGGUCGCGAUACGGGCGAUGGCGAGAUUUCAUGCGUUAGGGAUGGCGACCAAGUACAAACGACCGGAACACUUCGAAGUGUUGAAAGAACGCAGCAAGUGCCUGGAGAUGAAGACGGAGAAGUUCGAGCACUUCCAACAAGACAUGCUGGCGACGAUAAAGGAGGAUCCGCAGUUGAACACUUACGCCGAUCGCUGCGAAGCCGCCAUAAGCGAAUCGUUCGGUCGUGGUAUGUGGAAUCUAACGCCCGACGAGCCGUGGUCCACUAUCAUUCACGCGGACUUCUGGGUGAACAACAUCAUGUUCCAUCGCGACGAGGACGGCCGGGUGGACGACAUCAAGUUCGUGGAUUUUCAGAAUUAUCUGUUCCUCAAUCCGCUGCGCGAGAUGGUCUUCUUCCUGUUUUCCAGCACGGCGGUGAGCGAGGACUGCUUGGAGGAACUCAUAGACCUCUACCACGAGACAUUCCUGGCCGUGCUGGAUCGAAUGGGCUGCGACACCGAGCCAUUCACCAGGGAGAAGUUUGACGCCAAGCUGUUCAUCGACGCCAAGCUCGAGACGAUGCAUUUAUUCUUCAUGCUCAAGAUACUCACGCUGAACGUACAGGAAACCGAGUUGAAGUACGAUCAAAUGGAGAACUUUAUGUUGACCUACCAGGGCAACAAAGCGUUCAUCCUACGGCUGCGCAAAGUCAUAUUUUACUUCGCUAAGCGCGAGUGGAUCUAGACAAUAAUAGAAGAAGAAAGAAAACAUCCUGGAAUGGUCAUAAAUUCAUUGUCACGCUCGCGAUAUUGCGGCGCAAUUGAUUACAUAUACAUAUAUAAGUACGUUGUAUAUUGUUUUACUUUAUCUUCUACGUAUUGUAAAACGACAGAAGGACAGGCCAGUUGCGGAGGAAAUGAACGUACAAUUUGCAAUGUGAUAAAUAUAAAAUAUACGUAUAUAUA